CCACUUGCAAGUCAAUACAAGGUGAACAGCAACAGCUUGAGACAAGUAAUCGUCUCGAGCGACGAAGAGCCUUCACAACAAUGGAGAUAGCCACGAUAGUCUGGCUGCAAGGUGCUUGGCAGAGCUGCGAUGCGGCCGAGAUCGCUGAAAAGUAUGUGCCAGGCCCGGUAGAGGUUGGGCCAGAAAUCUGGGUGGGCACCAUAGCGGCAUGCGUGCCCUUCGUCAUUGGAUCUUGGGAGUUUGGAAAGCGGAUUAUCAUCCAGCGGAGAUGCAGUAGGUGUCAAGGGAGCGGACUGGUGAUGAGGGGCCAAUUUGCCCGCAAGUGUCCGGACUGCGGAGGUUUUUUCCCUUGGCAGGGGUGGUGGAAAUUUUUCACAUCAACAGCGGCACCUGGCAACGGGGGGCCAUUGAGAGCACCUAAAGGACAAUCCAGUGUAUUUUACAAGGUCCCCUCAAAGAGAGAAAAUGGUGAGGCGAGCACAAACGGACUAGAGAACGGCUCGGAAAAUUCUUCAGAUCUGGAUGAUGCUUCUGUCAGAGUGACCCCAAAGAGUACUGAGGAGAGAGUGUAGGAGUUCUGAAAAAUGCCCAAUAGGCAGAGUGUGCGCAUUGGCAUCCACUUGUACUUUAUCUAAGAACUGGUGGUUGGCCAGACACCGGUGCCCUUUAAGUUAUUACUGCUGCGGAAUUGCAACUCCGGAGUCCAAUUAAUCAGAUAUUAGGAUCAAUCGUACAGUCAUACUUGUAGCCAUAGUCAAUCUACUGCCAGCUUGAUUUCUCAAAUUGCUGACUGCACUGCUGGAGCAUCUGUGUGAGAAGAGGUUCACAAGCGCAUGUCCUGCUACAGCACUGAUGUAAGCUGAAAAUUCUUGCAUCUUAUAAUUGUAACAACUUUAAUAC